AUGUCAAAAAAAGGACGUAGCAAGGGCGAAAAGCCUGAGGCACUGAUUGUUGCCCUACAGGCUGCCAAUGAGGAACUCAGGACCAAGCUAACAGACAUUCAAAUCGAGCUGCAUCAGGAGAAAUCUAAGGUUGCUAAACUUGAAAGAGAGAAGACUCAAGAAACUAAGCGUAUCCGUGAGGUGGAGCAGCGCAAGCAGACUGUGCAGAUCACGGAGCUAAAAGCCAAACUUCAUGAGGAGAAAAUGAAGGAGCUGCAGGCUGUGAGGGAGAACCUCAUCAAACAGCAUGAGCAGGAGAUGACGCGGAUGGUGAAAGUCCGAGACAGCGAAAUCCAGCGCCUCAAGUCAGCGCUGUGUGCGCUGCGGGAUGGGAGCAGUGAUAAAGUAAGGACAGCGCUGACUAUUGAGGCUCGUGAAGAGGCCAGAAAACAGUUUGACUCUGAGCGCCUUAAGCUUCUGCAGGAAAUUACUGAACUGAAGUCUGCCAAAAAGCAGGUAGAUGAGGCCCUUAACAAUAUGAUCCAAGCUGAUAAGAUCAAGGCGGGGGAUCUUCGGAGUGAGCAUCAGUCCCACCAGGAAGCAAUUUCCAAGAUCAAAUGGGAGAGUGAAAGGGAUAUUCGCCGCCUGAUGGACGAGAUCAAGGCUAAAGACAGGAUCAUAUUUUCCUUGGAGAAAGAACUGGAGACACAGACAGGCUAUGUGCAGAAGCUGCAGCUGCAGAAGGAAGCUCUGGAUGAACAACUGUUCUUGGUGAAGGAGGCAGAGUGUAACAUGAGCAGUCCCAAGAGAGAAAUCCCUGGAAGGGCCGGAGAUGGUUCAGAGCACUGCAGCAGCCCUGACUUGCGCAGAAACCAGAAGAGGAUAGCAGAGUUGAAUGCCACAAUUCGGAAGCUGGAAGACAGGAACACCUUGCUCGUUGAUGAACGAAAUGAACUGUUGAAGCGUGUCCGAGAAGCUGAGAAACAAUGUAAACCUCUUCUGGAAAAGAACAAGUGCCUCACGAAGAGAAAUGAUGAACUUAUGCAGUCUUUGCAGCGCAUGGAAGACAAACUGAAAGCAGUCGCUAAAGAAAAUAUAGAAAUGAGAGAAAAAAUGACAUCACAUCCUCCUCUAAAGAAAUUAAGAUCUCUCAAUGACCUGGAUCAGGCUAACGAGGAACAAGAAACUGAAUUCUUAAAGCUUCAGGUCAUAGAACAACAGAACAUAAUUGAUGAGUUAACAAGGGACAGGGAGAAACUAAUUCGUCGCAGAAAGCAUAAAAGGAGCUCAAAGCCAAUUAAGAGACAUGUGGUGGAUACAGUUUUUGGGUACGAUGAUGAUUCCAUGGACUCUGAAUCAUCCUCUGUGGCAUCGUAUAGAACAGACAGAACACCAGCAACCCCCGAUGAUGAUCUGGAUGAGAGUUUAGCAGCAGAAGAAUCAGAGCUGCGGUUUCGACAGCUGACAAAGGAGUAUCAGGCCCUGCAGAGAGCAUAUGCACUACUGCAGGAGCAGACAGGAGGUAUCAUAGAUGCUGAAAGAGAAGCCAAGGCUCAGGAGCAGCUCCAAGCUGAAGUCCAGAGAUAUAAAGCCAAAAUAGAAGAUCUGGAGAAAACUUUGGCACAGAAAGGGCAGGACUCGCACUGGGUGGAAGACAAACAGCUAUUCAUUAAGAGGAACCAAGAGCUUUUAGACAAGAUAGAGAAACUGGAAGCAGAAAACAACCGUCUGCAACAGGAGCUGCAGGAUGCCCGAGACCAGAAUGAGCUGCUGGAGUUCCGCAACCUUGAGCUGGAGGUGAUGGAUGAGCUCGUUACAGUAGAGCUGGUAGCAAAUUAA